AUGGCGCUUUUCAGCCCCACCUUCAUUCUCGGCGUCGUCGUCCUCCUCUACGUCCUCUCCUUUGUCCUAUUCGCCAUCAUUCGCAUUGUCACGGGCCUAUCUAUUCAGCGCAUUGGCUAUUUCUCCCUUCGCCGCCUUGCCUACGUGCCUCGCGACGGGCUCAAGAUCGAAGUCCGUGGCCUGGGCCUCAACAUUCACCGUCCGACUUUCGCACAGCCGACGUGGUUGAGCAUUGUCGUCAGCGAGCUGGUUGUCACCGCCGAUACCAACGAGUUGGAAGGCUUGCACCAUGUCGACGACAAGGCUGCUUACAAUGACACGACCAGCGAAACGCCGGGUGGCGACCCCACCGUGGGCAAGGAGGCCUGCAGCGAGCGGAGCGGAGAUGACGACAUAGACGAGAAAGCACCUGCAUCUGCCGCAUCACCACCCCCCAGCGAAAGCUCCGACAGCGAACGCCGCAAGGCUGCCGGCGCAGAAGAGCGCAGCAAAACCUGGCGCCAGCUUAUGAAACUCAAAGAGCGCAUCAAGCGUCUGCAUCGCAAUAUCAAGUGGCUGCGGCUGGUGGAUGUGGUUGCCACCAACUCGGCCGUCAACGUCGUCGGAGUCGGCAACGUUCAGUUUGGCAGCUUUACGAUUGCGGUUGACACACGCCGCAAGAUGGUUGACCGCGAUCGCCGUCUGUUCCAAGACCAAGACGCCCCUCAUGAGACGAGCCAGGCCGAGUGGAUUAUGACACUCCGCAGCGUUCUCUUUACCCCCGAAGAUAGAGACUCCAUGGAGAUAGUGGACAAUGUCACGCUCAAUAUCCACGGGUUCCUGUAUGAAGCACUCGAUGGUUUGCGUGACGCCGCAAUCGCAUUGAAGCUUGGUCGUGUCCACGUCCCGUACGACGACCUCCUCUACUGUGCCGAGCUGUACCGGCAGACCAAGAAGACGGUCUCGCCUCUUGCGCUGGCCCCUACUCAUAUCGCAGAGCCUCUGAGUCCCAUGUCGCCUAUCCUCGAGGACACCCCGUUUUUGACGAAUAUUCAGCCGGCGACAUCCGACCCACAGCCGAAUGAUGCUGCAAAGGCGGCCACAGCCGACCAAGCUAGUAGCACUGAACCCACUGACGAAGAUGAGCUCAUGCAAACCGUAGCUGACUCGAAGGAGUUCGUGAGCUCUAUUCUCCGAGGCAUCAAAGAGGUCCAGUUCGCCGUCAGCUUCCUUGGCAUUGCCAAGAAGGUGCAAACUGCCAAAGCAACAAGAGCUCCUGUUCUCCUCAUGAAUCUGUCCAUGAAAGAGGUCGGUAUCGAUUUGCACCGUCUUGAUCCCAAGUCGCCUGCCCACCGGAUGUACUUUUCUUCCAAGGAUAUUGCGCAUGAGGCACUCGCUGCCGCCCUGUCAAUAUCCCUCAGUGCAGACGACGGCCAGGGCAAGCCUCAGCGUCUGAUGUAUGUCCCAAUGGCUACGACGACGGUCAAGACAACCUUGCCGUCCAAAUCCGUGGAGAUCACCAGGGGCAUCAGUGCUGAGGAGAGAAAUGCCAACAUCCUUUUUGCCAACUUUGUUGUCACAUCACCGUCCGUGGAUCUUGAUCCACGCCACCUUCCACUAAUUCUUGCCAUCCUGAACCGCCCAAAACCGCCACGGGCCCAUGCAUCGUCGCUGCCGAAAACACGCCGCCACAUCCUCAUCUCUCGUCUCCUCCCCAAAUCAAAUAUCAAAUUUUCAAUGCACGAGCCCGUUGUCCGUAUCACCCUCCCGCCUGUCAGCUCCUCUGCACAUCCGGACGAUUUCGAUCUGAUUAUCUCGUCCAUCUCGUCCAUAUCACUCGACAUAGAGUCCUUCCAUUCUCCUGUUGAGGAGCUUCAUUACUCGCUUGCCUCGGCUCUGCGGCUACAGACGCACAACCUCUUCUACCAAACCUCAGCUGGCGAUCGGUUUGACCUCCUCCAGACCGAAUCAUUCGACCUCAAGAUUCAGUUGAAUGCCUCCCCUGAUGUGCAUGUCGUUGCGAGUGGAAAUCUUCAGACUUUUUCUGUCAAACUGGUCCGUCCCGAAAUUAUUGAUGGCAUUCGCCAGAUCGUGAGGCAACUCCGCCCAAGCGUCAUCCCAGAAAAGAGGUCCAUUCAACGCUCUGAACCAAGAGAGCAUGUCAACUUCAUACGCAACAUGCCGGCGUGGCUCAUGCACUUCCACAUGCAAGCCUACGAUUUUAGCGUGGAGGCUGCGGGCGUCGACAAGCGUGUUUCUAGCGACUCCAGAGGCAUUGCGGUACAACUUGAUACAUGGACAAUGGAGUAUCGAGCACAGCGCCUUGACGGUAAUCAACGACGGCCAACAAGGCGGAGAACCGUGAGCCGUUCGGUUCUCCUUCCAGACACUGACUUCUUGACUCAAAUUUCGACGACCCCAAGAAAGAAGCAUUACCACAACGGCGACGGCCGCCGCAUUGCCAUUCACGGGAGGGGUCUGGAGGCUUUUAUCGUCGAGUCAUGCGAGAAGUGGGAGAUGGAUCCCUUUGUCAAUUUGCCAAGGUUCGAAGUUGCGUUCUCAACUCUGAGCGACAACCAGGGCCCUGUUUUCCAUGUCCACUCUCAUGUCCGUACGCUGCUUUUGCACUACUCUCUUGAGAGGCACUACUCAGUCGGCAUGGCUGUUAUGGUCCUGAAGCAGGCGUUUGCGCAUCCAAGCCUGGACGCUCCGACCAAAAAGCACGGUAUCGCUGAAGUUCCUUCACCUGAGAUAAAACAAGUCGGGACAUCAGGAACUGCUCUGCACUUAGCGCCGCCGUCACCCAUGGCAGCAAACGAUCCAGCAGAUGCUUCGGGUAGACCACAACGAGAGCUUAUUGCCGUGGAUGUUAAGGUCACCCUUGUGCAGAUCAAAGCCGACCUCCCGUCCGAUCCGUCUAUUAUGCUUCAGAUUCACGGCCUAGAGACUGGCCGCCAUCGCUGGUCACCACCCUUCGUUUACUGGAAGCUGAUUAGACUGCAUGCUGAAGCACCUCGCAUGCCACGAGUCUGGGCACGGCUUCUGAGCAUCAAAAACGGCCGUUUGGAGUGCAAAGAGACCCGGAAGAAACUUCCUACUCGUGGUUACAAGAUCGUGCGAGCCUUUGAUAUUAGUACGGACGUCAUCCGUAUCGGCAUUCCACACGAGCUUGUUCUGUACAAGAUUGUUGACAAUAUUGUCAACACUUUCAAAUCCGUUAUACAGCUGCACCAUCGUUUCAAGACGGGCACGGACGAAUACAUACUGGGGAAAGCACCAGAGGGGCCCAAAAAUAUCCCUCGGGUGGCCAUCCGGAGCCGUACAUUUGCAUUUGAGCUGGAAGAUGGUGCAUUUGAAUGGAAACUAGGUAUGAUCUACCGCGCGGGGCGCGUUGAGCAGAUGCAACGACUUGCAAGAGAAGAAGCAUUCCGUGUCAAGGUGAAGAAGAUUCAGGAGGAAGAAGCCCGUCGGGAAUCUAGCAAGUUCCGGGCACGGUCUGCGGCACCCCGUGGCCGAAAUAUCAAUCUCGCCUCUUCCGGUGCCAACGCAAGGAGUCAGAGCGACGAUCGACAGCCGACUGCACGCGGACCGGCAAGUUCCCACGGCUUCGGCAGAACCCCUCGGUACGAUCCCGAGGGCAGCUCGUUGGGUAUGACUGGUAGCGCUCACGUCACCAUUGCCGAUGCAAGGCAUAAGCUGAACUUGCACAAUGCGCGCGGCUGGAAACAGCGCAUCGACCGAGCAUAUCUCAUGGCGCACAAUGGCAUGAAGGAGAUACGUAGCUUACUUUGGGGAGACCACGCGACAAAUGAGGAGAUGAACGAGUUCGAGAACAUUCUCGGCGUGCCAAACCGACCCGCCCUCAUGACGACUGUCAUCGACGACUUGCACUUUAUCAUCGACAAACCUAGCUUCCCAAUGAAAGAGUUACCCGAUUUCCUCCACAAGGUCGGAAAGGGUAUGCCAAAGGAUAUGCUGUAUGCGCUUCUUAUCCCCGUCAACCUCCAAAUCAACAUGGGCGAGGCCAGAGUAACACUACGCGACUAUCCCCUCCCGUUACUGCAUGUUCCCGGGAUCGCGUCGAAUCAGCCAUCAAAGUUGCACGCGUUGUCACUUUCCUCCGAUUUCGUCAUUGCUGAAGAAUUCCAAGGCCCAGAGUCCGUGCGGCACGUCAAAGUCGAUAUCUUACCCCCCAAGGACCCGGAGCCAGGUGCAUCGAAAGCAGGCAACUUUGCCAUCGAUGUGCUGCGUACCACGAGCCAAGUCAAGACGUACUCCGAUAUGACAAUCGACAUCAACACCUCUCUGCCGACAAAAAUUACGUGGGGCCCGUCAUACCAGCCUGCCAUUCAAGAUAUGAUGAUGGGAUUCGAAUCUUUCACGAAACCUCAGCUGGAUCCCUCCGAGAGCGUAGGCUUCUGGGACAAGAUCCGCCUGAGCUUCCACUCGCGCGUUCGCGUUGCUUGGAAACAAGAUGGCGACGUCCAUUUUGCCCUUAAAGGCACACGAGACCCGUAUCAGGUGACAGGAAACGGCGCUGGGUUCCUUAUGUGCUGGCGUAACGACGUGCGUUGGAACAUCCAUGCGGACGACGACCCGAAACAGUUCAUGACUGUUAAUAGCGGAGAGUACAUCCUAGCUGUUCCCGACUACAGCCACCACGCACGUGAGGUGAAUCGACAGAGCACAGACGACGAUAGCGUUAGCAGUGAUGAUUCUCUCCGCUCUGGUGCAGCGUUCAAGAAGGUGGUCAUGAAGCUAUCUGGUAAGGUUCAGUGGCUAGCUGGCCUUGUUUUUGAGCGGGCCAUUGACGAUGGCAUGAGAAACUUCAAUUUCGCACCACACUACAGCAUCUUCCUCAAGGCGCCUCAGCACGCCCGCUCCCAAGGUGGCCUGCCUUACGACGCUUUCCGGGGCUUCCGCAGUCAACAUAUUCAUAUGUCCAUUGCUGUUCGUGCGCCGGUCGACCGAGAGUGGUCUGUAUCUAAUUCAGAGCCGUCACGCAGCUACAACACGGUCCACCUGUCACCCCGUUUCUUCACACAUUUCUUUUCUUGGUGGUCCCUGUUUAGCGGGCCAAUGUCGCUCCCAAUCCGACAAGGCAAGCUCUGGCCCGGCUGUGAAAAGACCAGCAAGAAAUUUGGACGGCACCUGGCCACGAUCAAGUACAACCUUCUGCUUGCGCCCUUGUUCCUCAGCCACAUAUACAAACACAAGGAUACAGACGACCCUACAGAGAAUGCCGUUACUGCAACUGGCAUCAAAGUUCGCUUUGACAGCUUUAUGCUUGAUAUGCACCAGAGAAGAGAAGAGUUCAACACCCGUGACAAGGGCCGCAAAAUGAAAAGUCGGACGACGGGCAUGAAGAUUCACGCGUGCCAGCUCGAUCUUGCCUCUGCCGAUAUCCGGGCUGUUUCGGCCAGCAUUCGAGGAACAACGGCGGAAUCAAUUCAAAAUUCGCUGUCGCACUACAUACACAAUGAAGAGGAAAACGCGGACAUCUCACGCUUCACAAUCCCUGACGACGAUUUCAGCUGGAUCGAUAUGGAUGACUUUGUGGAGCUGGAUUGGAUUCUACCCACGGAACCAAACCCUGACACCAAGAUCUUCCCACUCGCGUUCGCGCCGAGGAUUACUUACUUUCGACAGACCGAUAUUGGUGGCGUAAUUUCUGGCGACCCGGACCGUACAAGUCCUUUUGGCCACGAAUCCACCCAUUUCUGUAUCAUGACGCCGGACGAUGAUCCUCGGACAGUUCAAAUGCACCUCGUCCGGGCGCGCCUGCGACAGCUGGAGGAUCAAAUCGAAAACCACGUGCGUGACAUCAAUGAAGCAGUGAAGAGGAUCAACAAUGAGAACAAUGCCUCCAUUACAAACGAAAUUGAAACGCUUUCUCGGCAAGCCAAUGUUCUCCAAGAAAAGAAGUCGUUCCUCGAAAACUCCCUGCGACUCCUGGCAGAGGAGACGGCAGCCGCCUCCACAGCAAGGGCUGCCGCAGCGGCAUCGGCAAAGGCCGCCACCGAGGCUCGAGAAGCUAAGCGGAGAGAGCGUGAGAAAUCUAGAAGCGUGGGCCGUUCACCAUCCAACGAAAACGGCCCCAGUGAUGCGUCUGCUGCAGCGAAUGCAGCGGCUUCGGCUGACGGCGACAAAGUAGGCGCAGACUCUGGUGCUGAGUUUGCCAGCGAAUUCACAAACCGCUUCGUCGUCCACAACAUUAAGCUCAAGUGGAACAAUAUGCUUCGAAACAUCAUCCUCCGCUACAUCCACCAGGUCAGCCAGCGACGAGGCUUUGUUUAUUACCUGUCCCGGCCAGCAGUGAAGUUCAUCAUCGACAUUGUCGAAGAGCAAGUGAAGCUUAAAGCUGGUGCAACGCCGAACACUGGCGACUCAUCGUCUGUCGCCACCGGAGCUACUGGCACUAGCCCCAGCGCGCAGCAAUCAGCGGAUGGAGCCUACAACGGGGACCAGACGUCUGGUAAAGAUAUCGAGGAUAGGAUCCGCAAAAUCUUACAAGACGGCCGGAAGUUUGUGAGCACAGAGGAGUUCGCCAAGGACUGCGGCGGUAAAAACGAGGGCACCGUUUAUUGCACCCCUAUGGAGGAACUGUCCGGCGGCAUUGCUACUGAGUUCACGCCUCAGAACAACUACCAUGUCCAUCUAAUUGCUCCGCAGAUCCAACUGCAGAGCGACAAGAAUAAGAAACACGUGGUACUUGUGACGGCCAAGGGCAUGGAGCUCAAGGUUGUCGAGGUGAUGGAUAAGGCUAGACUCUCUGACAACGUCAGCGGCCUAGUUCAGCGGCGUUUCCUUGUCGGCAUGGACAGCACACAGUUCUUCGUCACCCACCGCAAGUGGUUUUCUACGCGCAUUCUGUCCGCGUACUCGGGCAGCAGCUAUGGUGCACCCAGUGGGUCUAGUUGGCCUCCGUGGGUGCCCAUGGAAGCCAUCUUUGAUUUCCAGACCGAUCCGUUCGGGUUUAAGCGUGUGGUGCAGAAAACAUCAGCCAUGCUGCGUUACGACAAGUACAAUACGCUACGUCUGAAGUACAAUGAGGGCGUCAGCACUGGCGAAGGUGCCGGAGCAACCACGUCUGACAACCUAGAAAACCGCAUGGACAACCUGUGGGUCGAGUUUCCCCAAGCGCGCGCGCUCUGCAACUCGUCCCAGUACUACGCUAUCUACGUGAUCGUGCUUGAUCUCCUCAUGUACAACGAGCCUGCGGAGAAGACCCGAAGUGAACGCCUCGAGAAGAUCAUGCUGGCAUCUGACUUCAGCGACUUGCGUGGCGCCCCCGAGAUGGUUAUCCGGCUCCAGGAACGUGUGCGCCAGUUGGAAGACAUCAAGACCCACUUUCAAAUCCAUUCCAAGACUCUUGACAAGCGAGGCUGGGAAGAGCAACUGUUGCUGGAGCGUGACCUUGCGGCGUGCGAGGACGAGCUCUUUUUUAUCAUGAAAGCGAUCACGACCUCGCAAGGCCGCAACGAUGCGUCUCAGAGUAACGCACUCUUGAAGUGGAGCAUUUCGGCCCGCGAGAUUGUCUGGCACCUAAUCCGCGAUAACAACGAGCCGCUUGUCGAGCUUCAGCUAAAGGACGUUGAGUACGACAGAACGGACAUUGCAGACGGAUCACACAUCAACCUGAUCCAGGUGGGCAAGAUCCUUGGCCUCAACCUGCUCCCAGAUGCCAUCUAUCCCGAAAUGAUCGCCCCCUACCUGGACGAGCGCGGGCCGAUGGAGACGGGCUCGGAGCCGAUGGUGCGUGUCUACUGGUACAUGCUAGAGGCCAUUGCUGGCAUUACGGUAAUGGAUCACUUUGAAGUGACGCUGUUCCCAAUGAAGAUCCAGCUCGAGCAUGAAGUCGGUAAGAAGAUAUUCGAGUACAUCUUCCCCGGUAGUGACGGCGACAAGCAGGCGGGCGGUAGCGAUUUCCCCACUACAAACGAUUCAUUUGCGAAGCAGUCAGAUGACGAUACCGAGGAGGAUGACUACACAUAUAACGUUCAUACUGGGGGUCGCAACCGGCUGGGAUCGGCCGUGUCGGAGUCGGCAGGUUUCAACACUCGACCAGGCUCUCUCGAGCUUCGCCUGCGGCCGACCUUGACGUCCAACCAGAACCACCGGUCGAUGUCAGACAAACAAAGGGCUCUGAGUGUCCAUUCUACAGAUGCACAUUCUUUCCGUUUCUUCCGGCAGUCCAAUGCCAGCUCGUCGAAGAGUUUGUUGAAGAAGCCGUCACACGAAUCGCUUCAGGGCAAUGGCCCACUCCGAAUCGGUGUUGGGCGGUCGUCCACUGGGUUCUCAUCCAUCACAGGCGGUAGCGAAUCCUCCAAAAAAGGCAGCCGGUUUACUCUGCGCAGUACCAAGUCGGACGACAAGCAAAACAACAACCCCUCUGAUGACCUGACCAAGAUGAUUACCCGUGCAAGCAACUACAAGACAUUUGCGUACAUUCGCCUACCAUCCGUCGUCCUCUGCCUGAGCUACAAGGGAAAGGGAGAACACAACAUUGAGGACGUACACGACUUUGUCUUCCGGUUGCCAACAAUUGAAUACCGCAACAAGACAUGGUCAAACCUGGACCUGGCGCUAGCACUCAAGAGCCGAGUUAUCAAGGCGCUUAUUUCGCACACAGGCGCCAUCAUUGGCAACAAGCUCAGCAAGCACCGGCCUAAUACUGCACAGCAGUCCAAACUGCGCGAGAAGAUCACAAGCUCGGCCUUGUUGUCGACACCUGCGCUGAGCGAGUCACGGGAUAACAGCGACGACUCAUCGUCCAUCUUUGGUACCUCCGCAGUCGACUUCUCACGCUCACCGCCACGGUCUCUUCGCGGAUCGCAGACAUCCAUCCCCAUUCCACGCUCUGCAAGUCGAAGCUCGAGCAUUGCAUCGUCCAACCGAUCGUACAUCGGUAGCACCAGUGGUGUUGGUGGUGGUGGUGGUGGUACUAACAACACCGGUGGCCUCGCGUCAAUCAACACCCAAGCCACGCCAAUACCCAAAUUCUUGAUGAUGACACCACCAACACCGCAGCACGAGUUCUCGUCUGGUCAAUCUUCGCUUCCUCCCAGCCGGGGCAGCAACAUUGACUACCUAUGGCCCGACAGCCGCAGCAGCAGCAAGAUGUUUGGCGGUGGCAGCGAAUCGGGCGAGCGCAAGAAAUCUGCUUUUGGGGGUGUCCGCAACAAGCUGAGCGCUCUCGCAUCCAGGGUCAAGGACCGCGACAAUAGCAGCAUCGGCAGCGGUGGAAGCAGCAACCACCUGUCGAGCCAAAACCUAGGCUACGCACAAAGAUCUGGCGUGCACAGCAGUCACAGUGGAAUAGAAGAAGGCGAUCUCACACCAAUGCGCCGGCGCGAGACCAGAAUGGCCGGUGCUGACAUCAACGACGAUGAUGCCGACGAUGCCGAUACGGACGUGCCCAAGCAGUUGCACCGCGGCCUACGGACAAAGACGACAUGA